AGUAACCAAAUUCAAAACUACAACAACAACAGUCGAAAUAUCUGCAACUACUACACACACUGUGGCGGUUCCCACUUCUCACAGUUUCCCUCCAAUUUUGCCCUUCUAUGGCCCUCUCCUAUUAUUCUAUAUACUCAUCUCCCACAAAAGCCAAGCUCUUUCCACGCACACGCUGUGCUAAUUACCAAAAACUACCCGCUCAGAUAUUUCAAUUUGGAAAGAGACCCACCGAGGGUUUAUCUCUGGGUAAAACCAGGUUUUUGAGAAAGCAAUGCCAUGUUUUUAGCGAAUCAGAGAUUGGAUAUGGUGAAGAUGCCGAUAGUCGUGAGGAGGACCAGCAGUUUGUUAAGUGGUUUCGUGAAGCGUGGCCGUAUUUGUGGGCUCAUAGAGGGGGCACUUUUGUUGUUAUCAUUUCUGGUGAAAUUGUUUCUAGUUCUUAUUUGGACCCUAUUUUAAAGGAUAUUGCGUUUCUUCAUCACUUGGGGAUAAGGUUUGUUCUUGUUCCGGGGACUCAUGUGCAAAUUGACAAACUUUUGUCUGAGAGAGGGCAUGAACCUAUGUAUGUAGGCCGAUACAGGAUUACUGAUUCUGAAUCACUAGCGGCUGCUAUGGAAGCUUCUGGGGGGAUUCGUAUGAUGAUAGAGGCAAAACUCUCUCCUGGACCCCCAACAUGCAAUAUCCGCCGGCAUGGUGAUAGUAGUCGUUGGCAUGAAGUUGGUGUCAGUGUAGCUAGUGGUAACUUCCUUGCAGCCAAGAGAAGAGGAGUUGUUGAUGGUGUUGAUUAUGGAGCAACAGGCGAAGUAAAGAAAGUAGAUGUCACUCGCAUGCGUGAGCGUCUUGAUGCUGGUUGUUUAGUUAUAUUAAGCAACCUUGGAUAUUCCAGCUCUGGAGAAGUUUUGAAUUGCAAUACAUAUGAAGUAGCUACAGCUUGUGCUUUAGCAAUUGGAGCAGAUAAGCUUAUCUGCAUUAUAGAUGGCCCAAUUCUGGAUGAGAGUGGACGCCUUAUUCGAUUCUUGCCUCUUCAUGAGGCAGACAUGUUAAUCCGUGAACGGGCAAAACAAAGUGAAAUAGCUGCUAACUAUGUGAAAGCUGUUGGUGAAGAAGAUUUGAUUUUGCUUGGGAAGGAUUCUAUUGGAAGGCUCCAUGCUAAUCAAAAUGGGAAAGGUCCCAGUGAAACACAUAAUGCAACUUUUCUUAAUGGGGUUGGUUUUGAUAAUGGCAAUGGACUCGGGUCUGGUGAACAGGGUUUUGCAAUAGGAGGUCAAGAGCGGCUUAGUCGAUUAAAUAGCUACCUUUCAGAAUUAGCUGCUGCAGUUUUUGUUUGCAGAGGAGGUGUUCAAAGGGUUCAUUUGUUAGAUGGCACCAUUGGUGGAGUGUUAUUAUUGGAACUUUUUAAGAGAGAUGGAAUGGGGACAAUGGUGGCUAGUGAUCUUUAUGAAGGAACACGGAUGGCUAGUUUGAUAGAUCUAUCUGGAAUAAGACAUCUUAUACAGCCUCUAGAAGAAUCUGGUGUAUUGAUCCGAAGGAGUGAUGAAGAGCUACUCAAAGCACUAGAUUCAUUCUAUGUCGUGGAACGGGAGGGUCAGAUUAUUGCAUGUGCUGCUUUAUUUCCUUUUUUCAAAGAAAAGUGUGGAGAAGUUGCUUGUAUUGCAGUUUCUCCUGAAUGCCAUGGCGAAGGACAGGGUGAUAAAUUACUUGAUUAUAUUGAGAAGAAGGCAUCAUCUCUCAGAUUGGACAUGCUCUUCCUGCUGACGACUCGUACUGCAGAUUGGUUUGAAAGUCGCGGUUUCGAGGAAUGUUCCAUUGAAAUGAUACCUCAAGAAAGGAGGAAAAGGAUCAAUCUGUCCCGUAAGUCCAAGUAUUAUAUGAAGAAAUUGCUACCUGAUAGAAGUGGAAUUACCAUUGAUGGGGCAUUUCGAUGACUAGAUGAGUCUUUUCAAAGUCUGGAGCAUCAAGUUCUUUAGAGGGUGCCUUAGACUGUUUGCCUGAUUUUACUGUUUUGAAGAUCAUAUUCAUGCUUGUAAUGGUUAGUUCUAGCUGAGUAUGAUUAUCUCAAUUCAUCAAAGGAUGGUAUACCUGCAGGUCAAUUAUCGCAAAAGUUUUAUCAAGGAAAUGUAGCAUUUAUGUAUGUAUAGCCUAGAUGUUAUUUUGUACCCAAUUUUGUUGUAUUUUUAAGGUUACAAGGGUUUGCUUUGUUGUGAUCCAAUAAGAUUAAAAUUAUUUUGAUUGUUUCAGAGAA